GGCGGUUAGGGGGUUUGGGCGGUUGGCUAGUGGAUCCUUCUACAAACCCUGGCCGCAGCGGAACGCCCCCUCUUCACAAGUCAAUGCCACCAAGAUCAGCAUGAAAGCAAGGUGUUGUGGGGUUGACCCUAGUACGGCCCGAAGUGUGGCCUCUCGGGUUCGUCUCCUCACCGUCAACACUCAACGCUUUGUUCCCAAGAAAGAGUGUAGAUUCCGUCAACGCCCGGCGGCUAUUUGAAAAGAAUUUGGAUAGAUUCAGCCUCGCGAACUUCGGACAGCUACAUAAUCACUUUCUCCCCUGCUGGAAGGAAAGCCAUCCCACGUCAAUUGAGCAACCGGACGACAGCAACACCAUCAAUUCAAACAUCCCAUCAAGUUCCACUUCGAAAGACAUCAACUGAUCCUCAAUCAAGUCGUCAAGAUGGCUCCUAAGAUCACCACCCUCCUCUUCGACUGCGACAACACCCUCGUCCUCUCCGAAUCCCUCGCCUUCGAAGCCUGCGCCGAGCUCGCCAACGAGAUCCUCGCAUCGCGCGACAUCCCCGACCGCUAUACCGGUCCGCAACUGCUCUCCGAUUUCGUCGGGCAGAACUUCCGCGGCAUGAUGGUCUCCCUCAAAGCCAAGUACAAAUACGAGAUGUCGGACGCCGAGCUCGAGACCUACGUGACCCGCGAAGAGGACGCGGUCAUCGCAAAGCUGAAGGAGAAGCUCAAGCCAUGCGAAGGCGUGGACCACGAGCUGGAGAAGCUGGAGCAGCAUGGGAAGUACCACUUAGCUGUUGUGAGCUCCAGUGCGCUUAGGAGAGUCCAGGCGAGCAUCGAUAAGGUGGGCCAGGAUAAGUACUUUGCGGGCGAGCAUGUGUUCUCUGCUGCUACUUCCCUGGAGAAACCGACUAGUAAGCCGGAUCCCGCAAUUUAUCUGCAUGCGAUGAAGGUCCUGGGUAAGACGGCCGAGGAGUGUGUUGCGGUUGAGGAUAGCAAGUCCGGUGCGACAGCCGCAUUUAGGGCGAAUAUUAAGACGAUUGGGUAUACGGGGAGCUAUGAGAAAGAUGAGGAAGAGAAGAUGAGGCAGGUGUUGACCGAUGCGGGUUGUGUGGUUGUUAUGAAGGAUUGGAGUGAGUUUGAGGGAUGCUUGGAUAAGAUUGAGAGUGGAGAGGUUUAGAGGAACUGUUCCUUGAGCUGUCCUUGCGAAGUUGCUGGCAAGCAUUGAGCCAUAAAUACGGGUUACACUCGAUAGAUAGGCGUCAAGAUGGUAGACAGCGUGUUUAUUCAUUCUCCCGUUUCCUUAGUUUAUCUUGAUGAGUUGCUUUGAUCUCAAAAAUACUUAUUCUUUAAAAUGUUCUCACGCACAUAAGCAAUAAGUAUUGGUGGAAAUCGAGUGUACCAUUACAACGCGGAUCAUCUGUCACCGGACCAUCCCCGUGCAUAUUUACAUCUCCUCCACAAGCUGGAGGCAAACAAAUCUCUCUCU